UCGACGCAUUGAAUCAUAUCACGAUAAGUAUAACACAUUGAAGAGUUCCGCGUUUAGUCCACAUGUCGCGUAAAGUUAGUGUUACGGAUCGCAGCAGCAGGAGCCUUUUCACAACACUGGCAGCAGCAGCCUUGAAUGACAACAACAAUAGUAUAUUAGUCGCCCGAUAAACAAGAUGGCUCCGCAAAGUAGCGUGGAGGAGUUGAUCACUUAUUUUAAAUCGCACAACAAAGUGCGUGAACAACAGAGUCAUACUGCCAAAGUUCAUAGUGUCGGUUGGAAUUGCGACGGAAAACUUCUGGCAUCGGGUUCAUUCGACAAAUGUGUUUGCAUAUUUUCACUGUCACCCGAUCGUUUGAAACAAGAAACUACAUUCAGAGGUCAUGGUGGAAGUGUAGACCAGUUAUGUUGGCAUGCAUCAAAUCCAGAACUUUUAUCAACGGCUAGUGGUGACAAAACAGUAAGGAUAUGGGAUACUAGAACUCAAAAAAGUACUGCAACUAUUAGUACCAAAGGUGAAAACAUCAAUAUUUCAUGGUCUCCCGAUGGCAACACUAUAGCAGUUGGUAAUAAAGAAGAUCUUGUUACAUUUAUUGAUGCUCGGGCUAUGAAAAUAAAACACGAAGAGCAAUUCAAUUUUGAAGUGAAUGAAAUAUCUUGGAACAAAGAUUCUGAUACUUUUUAUUUAACUAAUGGUCAAGGUUGUGUGCAUAUUUUAAGUUACCCCAGUUUGGAACUACUACAUGUUAUUAAAGCUCAUCCAGGAACAUGUAUUUGUAUUGAAUUCGAUCCAACUGGUCGUUACUUUGCAACUGGUUCAGCAGAUGCUUUGGUUUCUCUGUGGGAUGCUGAUGAAUUGUGUUGCUUGAGAACUUUUUCUAGAUUAGAUUGGCCAGUUAGAACAAUUUCAUUUUCACAUGAUGGGAAAUUAUUAGCGGCUGCUUCUGAAGAUUUAAUUAUAGAUAUUGGUGAAGUAGAAACUGGAGAAAAAGUUACUGAUAUUCCUGUAGAAGCUGCAACUUUUACAGUUGCUUGGCAUCCCAAACAAUAUUUACUUGCAUUUGCCUGUGAUGAUAAAGAUAGUUAUGAUAGAAAACGAGAUGCAGGUAGCUUAAAAGUGUUUGGAUUUCCUAAUGAAAAUUAAUUCUUGAAUUUUCAAUUUUGUAACUUGACAUAAACAUAACAAACUAAGUUUUAAUCUUUGCACUAACAAAUAAUUUGUAUAAAUGAAAAUUAAAACCUUAAUGAUAAUUAUAAUAUAAUUUUUUUAUAAGUA